AUGAUCAAUUAUCCAGAGAAAUAUAGCUUAUCACAACAUAUUGGAAAUAUCUUUAUAAUGAGUGAAUCAUUCACAGUCUUUCAAGCUGCAAAAUUUCAAGACAACACUCACAAACUGAAGUCAAUUGAAGGUCAUGAUACUACGCAGACCAAUUGUCAGCUGAUAGAUCUUACGAGUCAGUUGAAGGCUACAACGUUGCUUGGAUCACUUGGAGGCUGGUACGGUUUGUGGGUCAGUUGGAUACUGCAGCUCCGUGUGAGACUUUUUGAAUACUGGCAUAUUUUGUGCAGCAAUCGGUUAAUUAUAAACUUAAUCGAUGGUGGUCAGUGCUUGUUCGCUCAAUAUCAGCCAAAUAUUCAUGGAGAUAUCAAGAGAUUUAAAAAUGACAAUAUCGAUAUUUACACCUUGAGAUGA